GGGUGGGGGAAGACACUGACCCACCCACCCAGGCGGAGCUGCUGAUUCUCGUUCUGUCCUCGUUCUGUCACAGGCGCCACAACUGCUUCAGCCUGCCUUGGCCUCUGUGACCUUUCCAGUUCCCCUCACCAAUUCCCUGGUAGAGCCUGGGCAGCACCCAUAGCCCGAGUGGGGCUCUGGGUGGUGCACUGGGAGAGAAUCCUGGGCCUCGGGGUGUGCAUUUUGGAUUCUUUUCUGUCCUCUGCCCCUGCCUUGCCUUCAGAUCUGCUGGUGUUGUGGCUCCUCUUUCUUUCCUGGCCCCUGAAAAUAACCAUUAGGGGCAGGAGGCUGCAUGCAGAGCCCGGGCUGAGUCCUCACUUUACCUCGUGUCACCAUCCCCGUGACCCGCCAGGAGCAGUGCUAGGAUUCCCACUGCGCCACAGACGAGCCUCAGACUCCGAGGGUGGGCACAUGCAGGCCUCAGAGCGAUGAGGCAGUGUGGGGUCAGAGGCCUGUCUGCCUGGCUGCAGAGCCCAUUUCCUCUGCCCCAGGCCGCCUCCCAUGUGUCCACACAUGCUGCCUCAGACCGAAGGGAGCUUGAAAGCUUCAGGAAGAAGACACACUGGGAGGAGAAAAUGGUCUUGGGAGCCUGACCCAUUUCCAUGUAGAUUAUCCUCCUUGGACGAGGUGGCUGGGCCUCCAGGCCCCACUUGCACCAGGGAUGGUGUCACGGAGGAGGUUGGGCACUGGGUGUCGGAAUACCUGGAUCCUGGGUCCAGCCUUGUCCUCACUGGCUGUGUGACUCUGGACAGAUCACUGAACCUCUCUGUGUCUCUAUGCAGCUGUACAAUAGAUACGAUGCUGUCUAACCUGCUGAUCUUGCAGGGUGACUGAACAAAUAAUAGUUGAGGAGGGACAGGAAAGGUGGAGAGGUGUCCUUGGGGAGGUGGUAGUAUUCUAAGUGCCUGGUAUGUCUUCAUGUCGUACCUGCUUUGUGCCAGGUCCAAAGACAUCAAAAUGACUCUAACCCCGUCCCUGUCCACGAGAAGACCGACAGGUGAACGUAAGUCUAGUCCAGCAUAGUCAGCUCCAGCCGUGAUCCACACGUGCCCGUCUGUAAGUGAGGCACAGUGGUUUGGGGAGCACUGGGUUUGGAGCUCAGCCUUCUGGGUUUGAGUCCUGGUUCCUCUACUACCCAGCUGGGUGACGUCAGUCUCCUUGUCUGCAGAAUAGGGGCAGUAAUCCCGACGGUCCAGGAUUGUGGUGAGGCAGGAAUGAGAGGCUGGUGUAGACGUGCGGGGCGUUGGUACAGAUGGGUGGCAUUAGCCAUCCUGUUGGGAGAGCAGGCCCUUGAGGCUGCAGGAGUGUGGCCCUGAAAUUCUUCCUGCCUUGCGUUUCUAGAACUGACUCAGUGGUCGAGAGGCAGGACGUUAAUGGAAUUCCCACUGGGGGAUUUCCUUGGCGUCAGCUAGAGUGAGCUCAUGAGGAAGGGGAACAGGGUGAGCGGCAGCUCCACGUUGAGGAGCAGCUGGUCGAGGAAAGGCCUGUCUCAGCCCCCACCAUGCCGUGGCCCCUGCUGCUGCCCGUGCUGCUGCUGCUGGCCACGAGUGGGGCCCAGACAACCCGGCCCUGCUUCCCCGGGUGCCAGUGUGAGGUGGAGACCUUCGGCCUCUUCGACAGCUUCAGCCUGACGCGAGUGGACUGCAGUGGCCUGGGCCCCCACAUCGUGCCCGUGCCCAUCCCUCUGGACACAGCCCACCUGGACCUGUCCUCCAACCGGCUGGAGACGGUGAACGAGUCGGUGCUGGCAGGGCCGGGCUAUACCACGCUGGCUGGCCUGGAUCUCAGCCACAACCUGCUGACCAGCAUCUCGCCCACUGCCUUCUCCCGCCUCCGCUACUUGGAGUCUCUCGACCUCAGCCACAACGGCCUGGCGGCCCUGCCGGCCGAGAGCUUCACCAGCUCACCUUUGAGUGACCUGAACCUGAGCCACAACCGGCUCCGGGAGGUCUCAGUGUCCGCCUUCGCCACCCACGGCCAGGGCAGGGUGCUGCACGUGGACCUCUCCCACAACCAUAUCCGCCGCCUCCUUCCCCACCCUGCACAGGCCAGCCUGCCCACACCCACCAUUCAGAGUCUGAACCUGGCCUGGAACCAGCUCCGCUCCGUGCCCGACCUCCGCGCCCUGCCCCUGCGCUACCUGAGCCUGGACGGGAACCCUCUGGCUGCCAUCGGCCCGGGUGCCUUCACGGGGCUGGCGGGCCUUACACAUCUGUCGCUGGGCAGCCUGCAGGGUCUCCCCCAGCUGGCGCCCUAUGGCUUCCGUGAGCUGCAGGGCCUGCAGGUCCUGGACCUGUCGGGCAACCCCAAGCUCACGUGGGCCGGAGCUGAGGUGUUCUCAGGCCUGGGCUCCCUGCAGGAGCUGGACCUGUCGGGCACCGGCCUGGUGUCCCUGCCUGAGAUGCUGCUCCCCCACCUCCCAGCGCUGCAGAGCAUCAGCGUGGGCCAGGGUGUGCGGUGCCGGCGCCUGGUGCGGGAGGGCGCCUACCCCCGGCUGCCCAGCUCCAGCCCCAAGGUGGCCCUGCACUGCAUAGACACCCAGGAAUUGGCUGCCAGGGGCCCCGACAUCUUGUGACAAAUGAUGUGGCCUGGGGCCACAUAACAGACUGCUGCCUUGGGCUUACUCAGGUCCUGGGUAGUUUAGAUUUUAAUGUGCCAAUGCCAGGGGGGACUCUGCAGGCCUUUAUGGCAGCAUCAUUGAAAGAGAGGCUUGGACCUGAGACCAACACUCAGGAGCAAAGUCUCACCCCUUUGUCUAUGUUGCCCCCCAAACUAUAAGCAGAGGGUCUUCCAUGCCAAACCAGACAGCAGUUCCCUGCUGUCCUUCCCCACUUGUCCCCAAAGUGCCUUCCCUCAGGCCUGGGCCAGCCUGACCUGCGACAGGAGAAUGGUGGGAGGAAGAUCCCACUGCGGGGCAGAGGUCAGGUCCACGGCUGAGCGCCCCCUAGGGCCCAUGGUCCAGCCACUCGGGCACGGGUUUCUUUUACGACAAAGCCCCCUCUUUGUUCUGGGCACAUGAAGUCCACUUCAGCCUUUUCUUUUCCCCUAGAAUCCUGGGUAGAACUUUAGUUAUAGAAAGGACUGGAGAAAAAAUCAAGUCCACCUCCUCAUGUGACAUGGGGAAACUGAGGCCUAGAGAAGGAAAACUGCUGAUCAGAGGCACCACGGUGGCAGAGGCAGGAUUGGACCCAGCGUCCUGCCUCCCAGCCGGGCCCAUUUGCACUUUUCCGACUUCUCCAAAUCAUGCCCUCCCCUCCCCUUUCUGGGCUCCCACUUGCUGCCAGGACCCACAUCCUGCUGUUUGUGCCCUCUCCCUGUCAUCCCCAGGACAGGCAAGGGCCUUGGAGGUGGGACUCUGGGCCCAGUGACCCACUGUGUGGCACAAGCUAAGUCACUUCACCUCUCGGAGCCUCUGGAAGCUUAAGGCUUUUGAGGCCCAGCCCUGGCCAUUUCCCACUCUGGGGUGGGGUCCCCCAGCAUCAAGACUGGAUAUGCACCUUGAGGGACAUGCUCCCCAAGGAGUUGAUGCAAUCCUGGCCCCCCACCUGGCCAUGAGCUCCAAGGGGCCUCCUGGGUUCAGCCCCCACUGGUCCUGAGGCCAGCAGACCCCAAGAGUCCAUCUCACCCUACUGAGGAUGCAGCAGAAGGAGGCAGAGGAGCCCCUACCCAUGUUUAUGCUCCCCAACCCCAGGGCGGCAUCUCAGCUUCCCAGCCCUGGGCUCUUCCCUUAGUCUUCAAAAGUUGUUGCCUUUUUAAUGGACUGUCACUUUCAACCACCUCACCCCCCACCCCUGCUGGCAGGGGAUGGAAAUGUGUCAUUUGUAAAGAGAAACGGUUGCAUUUGUUCACUUUUGUAAUAGUGUGACCUGGGGAUUUGCUGGGAGGAGGAGGUGGUGGGUGGAAGCCAGCCAUCAUGGCCAUGUGGGCAUCAGAGGGCUGGUCCCACAGAGACACCCACAGGACAAUGAGGGCUCUGUCCUCCCCCACCAGCCCCACCCAGCACCUACCGGUCCUUGGUUUAAUAAACACUAUAAAGAGUC